AUGAAGCGGGGAAAUGGUUUUGUUGAUGAUGGACCGCCCAGCAAAUACCGUCGCAGUGACGACCCAAGCAAACUUCUUCGCGUUCUCAUACCAAGUCGAGCGGCAGGGCCCAUAAUAGGCAAAGGCGGCGAGACUAUUAAAGAUCUCCGAGCUCAGUAUUCUGUCCGUCUUCACAUUCCUGAUAGCAGGGGCCCAGAACGGGUUUUCAAUAUGGAGGGUGAUAGGCCGAACAUCUGUGGCUGCCUUAGAGAGCUAACCGAUGUCCUAAUGGAUGUUUUGUCCGCAAAGAAUGCUGACCAGCGCCUACUGGAGGGACGAAAAGACGAUGAGGGAAACGAUCUUGAUCCGGCUAAGCUCCUGGAUCUUCGCAUUCUCAUUCACCAUAGUCAGGUUGGCUCGGUGAUUGGUAAGAGCGGGGACAAGAUAAAAGAACUACGCGAAAAGCACCGCAUGCAAAUAAUCAAGAUUUACCAGGAGUUUGCGCCUCGUUCUACGGACCGUGUGCUUCAGCUAAUCGGUGAACCGCAAAAUGUUUUCGCCUGCGUCGAAGAUAUCAUGGAGACACUAGAGUCGGCACCUCCUCGUGGUCAUCGUAGCGACUACGAUGCCAACAACUUCGAUGCGGACUCAAUGCCCGCCUACGACCGGUACAUGGGCCCUCCACCACCACCGCCUCCGCCUUACGGCUACGAUGGUCCUUAUUCGGGAGGUGGACCCCCUCCACCGCCACCUCCCCCAUACGGUGUUUAUGACGAUCGUCCCUACUAUGACCGCGGCUAUUCGAGACGUGGUCCACCACCUCCGUCUAGCGGAUAUAGACUCACGGGCUUUCUAGGAGUGCGGUUUGCGGUCACCAUCGUACCAAAGUGGGUCACCUGUGACGUAAUCAUGGUCAAGUAUCCCGCUUUUCGUCUGAGUACACUACUUGUUGUCUACGAGUAUCUUGCUCCGAGCUUGGAAUGUUUACACCUCAGCCUUCUGGGCCUUUUAAUUGGCCUCCUGUUGAUGCUCAAGUGUCCACGGGGCGAACUCUACCGUGGUUCGGGGGAUUCCUGCAGCGGUCAAUUCCAUUGA